AUGCAACAGCAGUACCAUCAGCAGCAAAUGGCAGCGCAACAACAACAACAACAACAUCAACAGCAGCAACAGCAGCAGCAAAUUCAACAAGCGCAAACUCCACAGCCCUCAUCGCAGCAAAAUCUCGCCGUUCCCGGCCAAACGCCCCAACCGGCAACCCCCGGUCGACCUGGUUCCGUUCAACCAGCAACGCCUGCAGCCUUGCAAAUGGACGCAUCUAGUCAGUCGGGUAGCCGUGCGCCAAGUACAGGACCAGCAGCUAGUGCCGCUUCACCGGAUAGUAGUUCACGGAUGAGUGCUGGCGCAGACGUCGCCGAGCAGCAGCGUCCCGGAUCGGCUGUCUUACGAACACCAGCGGCCACACCGACACCUGGACCACAUCCAGUGCCACAACCUUCUACAAGGCGUUUGUAUGCAGAACGUGCUUACGUGGCGAUGGCGGACGGCAACGCACGUUUAUUGUGGGAAGAGAUGGCGCAGGGCUCCGCGAUUCCCGCCGCCGAUCGCUCAUCGCCAUCGGCCGGUGCCGACUCGUCGUCGGCCGUCAUCGACCAUCGGCUUUUGAACUGCCAUCAGCCGUAG